AUGACGCGAAUUAAUUAUGAAAAUGGCGAGGAGAUUGAUCCUAAGGUCCCCGUCUCCCCUACAGCCCCGCAUCAACUUGCAGAUCUGCUCCUCGGAAUCCAAUCACAUGCCAAUGCAUUCACGAACGGGGAUUCACUCGCACGGUUGCAUCUCGUUGAUUCAGCUCGCGCACUCGUGCGAGCAAUGGAGACUCCACAGGAGGCCAUGCUACGUGCAUGCUGGGCAGAGCCUUCAUACUUUGCCGUCAUCGAAACAUGUAUCGACCUGGGGAUAUUUCGCCUGAUCGCCCAUACCAACGAGGCGAAAUCUGUUGCAGACCUAGCGGUGGUAACAGGUGCAAGCGAGGAAUUGCUCGAGCGUCUUCUGAAACAUCUUGCCACCAUGGGGGCAUUAGUUGAGACUGGGCUGAACGAAUACACCCACAACGGCCUUACCAAGACUUUGGCCCUGCAAAGAUACAGCGACGCAUGGCCUGCCAUCAACGGCUCUACCAUGGGUCCAGUCUACGCAUUGCCAAAGUGGCUCAAGGAGAACAACUACAAAAGCCCGACUGAGGGCAAAGACUGUCCUUUCACGAUGGGAAACAAGACCGAGCAUUCCUUCUUCGAAUACCUUAACGGCAAAAGUACCGACUAUCCAAACCUUGGAUCUCAGUUCAACAAUCUCAUGUCCGCAUAUCAUCAAGGCCGGCCCAGUUGGAUGGAUGAAGGAUUCUACCCUGUGAAAGAGAAGUUGAUUAUGGGGGCAAAAAAUGGCCCAGAAGACGUGUUGAUAGUUGACGUAGGUGGAAAUAAGGGACACGAUCUGGAGGAAUUCAAAUCGAAAUGGCCCGAUGCGCCCGGCCGACUAAUCCUGCAGGAUCAGCCGCAUGUUUUGAAGGAGAUCAGCUCAUUGAAUCCGGCGGUCGAGCCCAUGGUUCACGAUUUUUAUACCACGCAGCCAAUCAAAGGUGCUCGGGCAUACUUUUUGCAUUCCAUCCUCCACGAUUGGAACGACACGAUCUGCCAGGAUAUUCUCUCAAAGCUCGUGGCUGCGAUGACCCCGGGGUACAGCAAGAUUUUGAUCAACGAGAAUGUUGUUCCGGACCGUGGAGCUCACUGGCAGGCCACCUCCCUUGAUUUCAUCAUGAUGAUCGAUCUGGCGGCUAAGGAACGCACAGAAAAGCAGUGGCAUAGUUUGAUUGAAAGCGUUGGUCUCAAAAUAACCAAAAUCUGGACUCGAAUUGACAGCGCGGAGAGUCUAAUUGAGUGCGAUUUGGCAUAA